AUGUUCUUCGAGGGUAGCUUGCAAGACGGCAUCUCGACUGCUGUCGCGCAAUCGAAGCAGGUCGUCUGCUUCGUUACGGACGGCGAGAAUGAGAGUCGACAAUGGGAAGAUGACUUUCUUACAGACGAAUCCCUGAAAACCCCUCUGAACAGUCAGGCAAUCGUCUUGCGGCUUCAAGCAGGGUCGGAAGAGGCCGGCUUCCUUGAGGCUCUAUUCCCAGUCCCAAAGAAACCUACUGUGGUCAUUAUACAGAAUGGCCAGUUGAAGGAGUAUAUUGCCGCGGGGACUGCUAAGGAUGAGUUUGUUCGCAGAGUCAGCGCCGCCUUCAGCCAGGGGCCCAGUGAAAGCAACACUGCUGUUGCAUCAACGACUCAAGCUCCUGCGCAAAGUCAACAGGGCACCCAACCGCAAGCAUCUCACGUCCCUGCGCCCACUGUGGAGGACGACGAGAGUGAUUUGUACGGUGAUUAUUCACCAGCUACUUCGUCUCAAGAGCACAGAGCCGAGGAAGUCCAAUCUGGUUUGGCCGAGCAAGAGAGACGAGCAGCGCUGAAGAAGGCGAGAGACGGAAAGGUCAGAGCGGACCGGGAAGCACAUGCUCGUCGCGAUGCAGAGGAAGCUACAGCAAGCCAAAGUAAUUAUGCGGAUGCUGUGAAACAUCGAAAACAGCAGGCGAAUGAGGAACGACAACGCAUACUGAAGCGCAUCGAAGACGACAAGCGGGCACGAAAGGGGCGUGACGCCGAGGAGCGCAAAGCAAGACAAUUGCUGAGUGCGAAUCAAGACGGAGAGGAAUCUGGUAGCCAGACAGCCCCGAUCCCCCUUUCCAGGAAGAUGCCCAAAGGCGGCCAAGGAGAUAACUGCAAUCUACAAGUUCGGCUACUCGACGGCUCCACGAUACGCUCUCGCUUCCCUAGCGACAAGACUCUAAGUCGCGAUGUGCGAAAGUGGAUAGAUGAGGAGCGCACAGAUGGCGACGCGCCGUAUUCGUUCCGAGUCGUCCUGACGCCGCUCCCGAACAAGGCCAUCGAGCCCACCGAGGAGAUCGAAUCACUCCUUUCCCUUGGCUUGGCUCCUUCAUCAACACUCAUCCUCGUACCGGUCAAGUACACCUCGGCGUUUUCGCAGACUGGUGGGGUCAUACAGCAGGGCUUCAACCCCAUCAUUGGAAUGUUCGCUGCCGUAUACAGCACCAUCACUGCGUCGAUUUGGGGCAUAUUCGGUACAUUAUUCGGCAGACGAAACGCUCCCGAGCAAGGGUCCAUUCCACUGGAGAACUUGAAUGCUGCGAGAAACUCGCGUAUCAGGGGGUUCCAGAACGCGGAUGACCGUCAGCGGGACGCUCAGCUGUAUAAUGGAAAUUCGCUGAACUUUGAACCUCGCAGAGACGAAGAUGGUGAAGACAUCGAUCAAUGA